AUCUUCCUCGAUUCUCUAUCUUUUUGAAUAUAAAAUCGAUUUAGAGAUUUUGGGUUUGUUCAACAAUGGCAGAAACAAAGUGGUAUUACACAAGAGAAGAGAUUGAAAAAAUCUCUCCAUCGAGACUUGACGGUAUCAACUUUAAAGAAGAGACUUUCCAACGUUGGUCUUACACUUCAUUCCUUCAAGAGCUUGGCCAGAGACUAAACAAUCCUCAGAAAUCUAUAGCCACAUCGAUUGUCUUGUGUCAACGAUUCUUCACUCGUCAAUCACUUGCAAAGAACGACCCAAAAACAGUAGCCAUCAUCUGUAUGUUUAUCGCUGGAAAAGUCGAAGGGUCUCCAAAGCCGGCCGGUGACGUCAUCGUUGUCUCUUACCGAGUUUUACACAAUAAAGAGCCGUUGAGAGAUGUGUUCGAGGGAUUGAAGAAGACUGUGUUAACCGGAGAGAAGCUUGUGCUCUCUACGUUAGGAUUUGAUCUCGAAAUCGAACACCCUUAUAAACUAGUGAUGGAUUGGGUUAAAAGAUCGGUUAAGGCCGAGGAUGUUAGGCGGUUAUGUCAAGCUGCAUUUAAUUUCAUCAAUGAUAGUCUAAGGACGUCGCUUUGCUUGCAGUUCGGGCCUAGUCAGAUUGCAGCCGCUGCUAUAUAUAUCGGUUCGUUCAUGUGUAAGAUGACGUUACCGGGUGAUGGAGAGAAAGUGUGGUGGCGAGAGUUCGAUGUCACGAAGCGUCAAUUGUGGGAAAUUUGUGACCAGACACUUGAUCUUUAUAUUCAGGACUUCGUCAUUCCGGUAGCGAGAGGUGACAGUUUGGUUUGAGAACAGACACUUGUGACCAGACACUUGAUCUUUAUAUUCAGGACUUCGUCAUUCCACUCAAAGCUUUCGAUGGCAGUCCAAAGGUCAUGAGCGGAGCACUUUGGUUUGAGAACAGUUUCGAGGAUGGACUCCGUAAUUGUCCCGUAGAUCCACAUCUUGACAAGAUCGUUGUGUUCCUUCCAUGACUUUUCAGUUUCCGGUGUGGAGGAGGAGGUGCCGUCGAUGUGACCAAGAACACCAAAACUGCUACAAUGUGUUUCAAAAAGCUCUCUCCAUGUAUCAUAAUUGAGUUUGGUCAUGUCAAGAGUGAUGGGUACGUAAGCUUUGAUUUGGCUUAUAGAGAAUGGUUUGUCAUUGGUGGGAGGAGUAAGGGCCAUCGUUGAGAAUAGAGAGAAUUAGAGAUGAAUAACAAGAAAGAGGAUUGCUUUGAGGAAGAAGGAAGAUGAAGAGAAAAGGAUGAAGAAG